ACCUGCAACAGAAAAUGAAUAUGUUGACGUAAGCUGAACUGUAGCCUAUUCAUUGAUGCUCCUCUGGAGCAUGCUGAAGUUCAAACUAGAUUUGCAUAAAACAAAUGCAAUGCCACCAGGUUCCGCUAAAGGUAACAUAAAGAUAUUAACAUUUUGUGGCCAUAAAAUGAUAUAGGGAGAACACAUUUGACUAUGAACAAACAUGAAAAAAGAAGCUCCAAACAUUAAAAGAUAAGUUCGUUAAAGCCACAGUUGGAUAUGUAAAUGGAAUGGGAGUUUACUGUGUUCAAUGAUGUAAUUCUCAAAGCACACAGUGGUUUGAUGGACUGUUUGCUCACCCCACAAGGACAUCACAUGUGAGUGAAAUCAACUCCUAGCAUCCACGAUGUUUAUUCUGCAUCUACUUCUACUGAUAUCUGGAACACUGGCUGUGAAUUGCUCAAAUGCAGAUGCUACCUUUUGUUUAAACACCACAACUGGGGAUAUUUCGAUGACAAUAAAGAUUCUACAAGAGACUAUCACAAUCACAGAUGAAGCUAAUGAUAAUUUGAAAGGCUAUUGGGCGUCCAGUGAAUGCUAUGUUGAGUGCACCUCAAUGAAUCUGACCUCAAUUAACCUAACUGAGUGUCAGACGGUGCAGAUUACUGAAGUGAAGAACUCAACCAACAAGUUCAUCUUCAAGAUAUCUUCCUCCAUGUGUGAGGUCACCAAUUGUACUGUGGAAGCAAUCACUGCCCUGAUGAGAGGGAUACAAGGCCAUCCCAAUGAAGGUCUAAAGGACCUUGGAAGGAUCCUGAACAUGCGAAAUAUGUGUACACACCUGUUUAAAGCCAAUCCGACCAUGGCGAUGAUGUUUAUUGGCGCUGAACGGGGCCUCGUACACAACAUCAUGAACAUCUCAUUCACUAAAGAUUCUGUGUCCUACAACUUCAGGGAUCUGGCUCUGACUGUGUUCAACCUGACCAACCUAACCAGUGCUAAUGACAAAAUGGUCCAAAUAAUAGUCCCAGAGCUCCUCCCUGAGAACAAACCUUACAUUCCGGAAAUGUGGAUCCCUAUUGAUGCACUCCAGAACAUCCCAGAGGAAGAGCGUAAAGUGGCCGUGGUCACCUAUACAUCACCCAAUCAGUUCUUGUUUAAAGAGGAACUCAUGAGAACCAUAGUCAUGCGGAUAGAGAUGGAGGGCGACAGACGACUUGAGAACUUGAUCACUCCACUGAAGAUGAAGUUCAAGUUGCUUGACCCUAAAAUACCAGUGAAUUACAGCCUGUCAUGUAAAUAUUUCAAUGAAUAUGGGAACAUAAACCUCCCAGACACUGUCUUUUGGAAAACGGAUGGAUGUGUUACUAAGAUCAACAACAGUGUGAUCAACAACAGUGUGGUGGAGUGUAUCUGUAACCAUGCUACUCCAUUUGCCGUGCUACUGAUCGCUGACCUAUCUAUUGACAGUGUGCACUGGCAGGUCUUGUCUUACAUCAGCUAUAUUGGCUGUGGCUUGUCUGCCUUCUUCACCGCCAUAUCGCUCCUCACCUACGUCAUUACCGCGAAGUCCAGGGUGGACAACGCCAACAGCAUCCACGUGUCACUGAGCGGGGCUUUGUUCCUGCUCAACACCUCCUUCCUGCUCAACGAGUGGGGGGCCAGUCUGGGCAUCGGAGGCGUGUGUAUCUUCAUUGCGGCGGCCAUUCACUACAGCCUCCUCAGCUGUUUCACCUGGAUGGCCAUUGAAGCUGUCCACCUGUAUCUCCUCCUGGUCAAGGUGUUCAACACUUACUACCGACACUAUAUGGCCAAGCUGUCUGUCAUUGGCUGGGGAGUCCCUGGUAUCAUUGUGGGAGUUUCAUUGGCAGUCAAGGAUAUCAAACCAUUAUAUGGACCUACAGAAAUGACUAUGGCAGACACUAACCAAACAAAUACAAUCUGCUGGAUCAUGGACAUCCCCUUCUUCUACACUAUGAACCUGGCCUACUUCACCCUCAUCUUUGUCCUUAACUCUGGCAUUCUGUUAACGGUGACCACCCGGAUCUGCCAGCUGCAGCGCUAUGGCAGUAAGGGCAAGCCUGGGAAGGCAAGCCUGGCCUGGAAGGAAAUCUGCACCGUCCUGGGUCUGACCUGCCUGCUGGGCAUCACCUGGGGCCUGGCCUUCCUCAGCUACGGCUAUGUCAACCUUCCCAUCCUCUACCUGUUCAGCAUCUUCAACUCCCUCCAAGGAUUCUUUAUAUUCCUAUGGAUCUGUGGCACUGCCGGGAAAGACAGGGAUCGGGCGGCGAACACCAAGAGCACAUCAGCAGCUCUGAACACCUCUACAGCCAAACCCAAGGAGGAGAUGUUCCCUGGCAACAUCCCCUACCAGUAAACAAUGUCUGUCCACAAUGGAGAUCACUCAUGUCUACUUAGAUGGCAAGGGGAGUUUUUGCUCUGCGUCUAAUGGCAUAAGCAUUGUCUCUUUCAAAUUGAGUUAUGGUUUCUACACUGGUUGUGUUGAUGUAUUUUCUUCUGUAUCAUUGCAAUGCAUUUAUUGGGAAAGUGCUUUGAAGUGUAUGUUGUUUAUGAUUAUCAAGUUGCUGAACUGACUGUUGCAUAAUUAGUCAGUGAAAAACUAAAGGAUUUAGUUUCCUGCAUACCAUGAGGUUUCUCUGUGAUUGCUGUUGUAAAGCAAAAUAAAAUUAGCUUCUCAACUGUACUGAUAAUAAGGCACAUAUAUAUAUAUUAUUUUA